UCUACGUGUACCAGCUGACCCACCACCCACCACCACCCUCCACUGCUCCUCUCCAUCUCGGAGGACAGCAGCGACAGUCAUGCCGUUUCGGGAGGGACACCACUGCAACAACCCCUCGUGCUGCCAGCCACUACCUUCAGCCCGCGCUUGCGCUUGCCUCGAGUGACACAGCUUUCUCGAGUGUACAGCUCCACACCACGGAUGGUCAAAUUACCGAUGAUAGAGCGUUCACGUACUAGUGGGUGCUCGCUGUAGUGUGCCCGGUUUUAGCCACACAGCGACGAAAACGGCCUUCUUCUCAGCUGCCCUGGCCCGAUCAAGGCUCCUCCGCGAAAGAGCGAGGUUCGCAUUCCACGAAAAACGCAAAUCGUACUGAUUGGAAUGAUGACGGUCCAGCCAGCCCCGCUAUACACGCGUCAGUUCCUACAGCUUGUCUUACUAGUCGCGGUCCUCCUAACCCUAAUCUUGUCGACCUCCUUCUGGUACGGUCCUCUCGAUUUAAUCGAUGUCAAGGUCGCCUCCGUUUGGCGCGGCGGCGCCAUGAAUUCCGCCGCGAAUGGCGCCGCAACGACCGUUCAGCCAUGCGAUAAAGGCGGCACCGACAUCGGCGCUAUCGCCUCCGCCGCAUCUAACGCCGCAUUCGACGCUCGCGCCGUGCAAUUCGGCGGGAAGCCGCUCUGCUGGUGGUCCGGGGACCACGGCGGGUACGGCUGGGACGACGACGCGAGCCGUCGCGAUUCGCGGCGGAAAAAGCGCGUGGAAGAUAAAGGCCGGCGGCGCGGCGGCGUGGUUAUGUUCGGGAGCGGGUGCGCGGGGUGUGUGGCGGGGCAGUGGUGUAGCUUCGAGAUCGAGAUUAGACCGCCCGCGAAAUGGGUAUUCCCGGUUACAGAAGCCUUCUUGGAUUACCUUAUAGUGGAGCUGUGGGGGCCUUCUAUCGCGUACGCGGACGUGAAGCGGGAGGGGAGCGACAACAAGCGGUGGAAGGUCUCUUAUCGAGUCUGGGACGCGGGCGAAUACACCGCUACAGUGACAUCCGGUUGUAGCACCCUCAACUACACCUCGAGGUUCGCCCAGCAGGGCAUCGAGCCUUUCGCGAAUUGGACCCUUUCGGUCUCCCACCCUUUCGCGAAUGACCCCUCCUCCUUGCGAGAUUUCGCCAAGCUCCCGGCAAAUCCCCUCCCAAAUCCGGAAAGCGGGACGAAGAAGGCGGGGAAAAGGGGGAAGGCAGGGGGGGAAGCGGAGCGGAUACUAGCACAGGGGGCAGGGGGGGCGGAGGGGGAGGCGGAAGGGGGGGAUUGGCGGGAGGAAGCGGAGGUGGAGUGGACUGAGGCUCCGUGCGAUCAGGCUGUAGCUGGCAGAUGGCUCUACGUGGAGGACGCCUACAGGUGGCGGUUCUACCCGUGCGCCGCGCCCCUGCCGCCCCCCUCCCAGUGGGUGGAGGCGCUUCAGGAACGGGGCAUUCGGGAGAUCAGCUUUGUGGGCGACUCGCACCAGCGCUUCCUCAUGCUCUUUAUAAACUACCUCGUUAUGCACGACGUGGACGACGCGCUCUGGAAGUACCACGGGGAUAUUGUGAUCAACCUGCCGCCGCCCAAGAAGAGGAGGGACCUGCAGCCGCUGAGAUUAAAUUUCUACUGGGUUGAUGGGAUGUACCAGAACGACGAGUAUGGGUGCAUUCGCCGUGGCUUCUGGUCGCACCGCAACAACACGUUCCCUGACUUGUCAAAGUCUGCCGAUGUGACGAUCAUCGACGGGGGCUUCUGGGCCACCUGCAACUGCAAGCAGGCGGAGCAGGCCUUCAGUAAACACCUCCCCGAGUACGUUGCCUGGGCCAGGCGCCAACUGGACAGGCUGCAACUGUGGCACGGGAAGCACCGGGGGAAUGGUAACUCGGCCGGAGCUAAUGGUAAGCCAUGGAUGCUUUACCGGAGCAUUGUUCCUUGGAGGGCGAGUGGGGAGUGCGGGGGGUUGAUUCCGACCAACUCUCUGAUCGAGCACAUGAAUGCGAUGAUCAAGGCGGAGAUUCGGCGGUACGGGAUUGGGUAUCUCGACGGGUGGCCGGUGGAGGCUCCGAGGUAUUUUGAUACGUGUAGUGAGAAGGACCUACACUACACGUGCCAUAGGAAGGAGCAGGGCACCAAGAAUGGCAUGUUCUUUGGGGAUGUGGGGCAGGCCAUGGUGGACAACACCCUUCAUAAUCUUCUUUACAAACUCUGGUAGAAUUGAAGUACUUUGUAUAGUGAAAGGCAUCUGAUUUGCUAGUUCCCCAUUUUUCCUGCCUGCCCGUGUCAAGGAAAACAUUUUCUUGCAAUAAAAAGGUACAACAGCA